AUGAAAAGGUUGCGCGAAGGCAAUGCGCGGUUCGUGCGAGGCACACCCCUUGCCACCAGGACCAACCUUAGCAUGCGCACCAGACUUGUGGAGGAGGGUCAGGCGCCUUUUGCCGCAAUCCUGGGUUGUGCGGACUCGCGAGCACCGCUGGAAAAAGUCUUUGAUGCCUUGCCUGGCGACAUCUUCGUGCUGCGAAAUGCUGGCAACACCUGCACCCACGCUGAAGGUAGCAUGGUUGGAAGCCUGGAGUUUGCCACUGGGAAGUUAGGAUCUCGUUUGAUCCUGGUGCUGGGCCACACCAGUUGCGGAGCCAUCAACGGUGCGACCCAGGCCUACUUGUCCAAGAAGGACGGUGAUACUUCCGUGGGCUCGGCUUUGGAGGGUUUGCUGCGCGACCUGAUGGAAGUUGCCGAAAGUGCAGCGAGCGAUGAUGGCACCACUGAUUUCGACACAUUGUCAAAGCGCGCUGUGAAGACAAACGUGUUCCACACCAUGAAGUUCCUCUUGAAGUACAGUAAGACCAUUCGCGACUUGGUGUCCAGCGGACAAGUUGAUUUGCAAGGAGGCAUCUACAACCUCGAGACAGGCCAAGUGGACUUCCUUGGACAGCACCCGCAGCAGGAGUUUCUCUUUGGAUCCAAACUGGAAUUACCUCCAUCCAUGUUCAAGCAGGACAAAGCCACUUUUGUGCGUACCACGGAGUCCUCCGCUGUCUCGCCAUUUGAAGCACUGAAGAUCCUCGAAGAAGGCAAUAAGCGCUUUGUGCUGGGUGCUCCAAAAACCUCUGCCACGCAGGACAUGCGAAAGGCCUUGGUGGACAAGGGCCAGGCUCCACAUGCAGCAAUCGUGGGAUGUUCCGACUCGAGGGCUCCGAUUGAGACGGUCUUUGAUGCAAUGCCUGGAGAUCUCUUCGUGCUGCGCAAUGCUGGAAACACCUGCACGCAUGCCGAAGGCAGCAUUGUUGGGAGUUUGGAAUUCUGCGUUGGCAAACUUGGAAGCCGAUUGAUUCUCGUCAUGGGCCACACCGCGUGCGGCGCCAUCAAUGGCGCCACCGCGACCUACCUGGCCGAUAAGACUGCUGUAACCAGAGCUGAGCCCACCUGUGCGCUCGAAGGAUUGCUGUUUGGAUUGACCAAGGUCGCCCAAGAUGCGUACCAGGAACUGGGGCAGAAGGCCAGCGAAGAGCAGCUCGCAGCGCAUGCUGUCAAGGUGAACGUUUUCCACAGCAUCAACUUCCUUUUGAAGUUCAGCCAGCCCAUCAGGGACUUGGUUGCCAAGGGCGAGUUGGAAGUGCAAGGAGCCAUUUACAACUUGGAGUCGGGGCAAGUGAAAUUCCUGGGGCAGUCGCCCAAACAGGCUGAGCUCCUGGCUUCCAAAAUGCAUGUGCCUCCGGGCGUGGCCGGUGCAUCUGAUUCCUCGGUGCUCUUUGGUCUCCAUGGCGUGCGAACUACAGAGGAUCCUCCACUGCCUGGACCGCAGGCAUUGCAACUUCUGAAGGAAGGGAACCUGCGGUUUGCGAAGGGUGCGCCUGAAGCAGGGAAGGUGGAUGCACAGAUGCGUAAGGCACUGGCCGAUGUGGGCCAGGCACCUCACACUGCUGUCCUGGGGUGUGCUGACUCACGCGUUCCGCUGGAACUGGUCUUCGAUUCCUUGCCUGGAGACUUGUUUGUGCUCAGGAAUGCAGGCAACACCUGCGUGCACUCGGAGGGCAGUGUUUUGGGUUCUCUUGAGUUCUGUAUUGGCGCAUUGAACACGAAGCUGAUUGUCAUCCUGGGUCACACCAACUGCGGGGCUGUCAAGGGUGCCACUAGCCAGUACCUCAAAAACAAGGGCAGCACGCCUUCAGAGCCAACCAAUGCCCUGGGUGCGCUGCUCAUGGGCCUCAGUGAUGUGGCCGGGCAGGCGGAGAAGGAGCUUAGCGCCAGCGGCAGCAAACCCAGCGAGAAAGAGAUCUCGGACGCCGCAGUCAAAGUGAAUGUCUUCAAAAGCAUGGACUACCUUGUGGACAAUAGCAAAGUGGUGGGGAAAAAGGUGAUCUCCGGGGAGGUGACUCUCGAGGGUGGCGUUUAUGAUUUGGACACUGGACGAGUACAGUGGCUGGGACAGAGCCCAUAUCUCAAGAGGUUGCGGGGCCUUUAAAAGCCCUUCAGGCGGCCUGGCUGCUUCGCGCUACUCUGAGUUUUAGGAACUUCAAAACUGGCGUCAAAGAUUUUAUUUAAACUGAGUUCUGACUUGGAGGAAUCUGGGUUUGACUCGUAGCAUAUUGAGA